UGUCACUCAGUAUCCCAGACACUUUGACAUCAGAAUUCAUUUUCCACGCCGAGUGGUAGCUGUUCCUCUUGCUCCUCGGGAGAGUCUCUCUCUCUCUCUCUCUGAGAGUGUGUGUGUGUGUGUGUGUGUGUGUGUGUGUGUGGGCUCUCAGUGGGACAGUGUCAUGCUGGCUGUGGCAUCAUGUGGACCGCAGCUCUUGUUGUGUUGCAGCUCGUGGCUCUCUGUCGGCCAGCGUGGGCUCAGGAUGAUGUCACGGCCGCUGGGAUCGCGCCUCAGAACUGCACUCUGGACUGCAUCCGACAGGGACGAGCAGGAUGUGAAUACUGCAGAAUAACCAGGAGUGACAUCAGAGGGGCUCUUGGGUUCAACUCCAUCCCAAGGUUUGGAAGUUGUGUCCCGUGGCCUUGUUUCGCGCUGCUGGGAGAAGAAAACCCUCAGAUUUGUCAGCACUAUGUUCAUCCUCCGACCGACGUGACCAUCGAUUUUGUCCACGAGCCAAAUCCAGCGUCUGACACUGUUGUCGUCUCCUGGAAGCCCAGUUACUAUGGAAUCGCCUUCCUGCGAGGAUUUCAGGUGUCGCUGCAGGCGCUGGGAGGGUCGACGUUCACCUGUCAGCUCUUUCUCUUCCAUCGCAACCUCUCCCUGUCUGCGUCACAUGCACAGCGGGUGUAUAAGUCGGACCCUUUCACCGGCCUCACCCUCGGCUCCCAGUUCGCCGUGACUGUCAUGGCUCUGCCAGUUCCCGAGAAGUGGGACAAAUUCUACCACAGCAAGAUCUUCUCCACGCGCUCUUGUGCGGAGAAGAACGGUCUUGAAAAGUGUAAAAAGGACUGGUAUCCUGAACAUAUUGUGGUACAGCAGGAAGGGACUGCCAUCACGGUGACCUUUAACCUGGCACCGCCAGAUCUGGGCAUCGCCAGCUACUUCUCUCUUUGCUAUGCAAAUGGAAUGAAGAAAUACACUGACAUCGUGCCUACGCCCACCAAAAACAAAACCCACCACACGUACCAGCUGACGGACCUGCAAGAGGGAACCAAUUACACCUGUGAGAUUGCGGCGAACGAGGUGGACGCAGUCAGACGAGCGUUUAGUGUUCAUGUCAUGAGGAUUCACAAAGACCCGCCGCUCAGCGUCACUCCCUCUUUGGCUCUGGUGCUCCCUCUUUGCCUGACUGUGGGAGUCAUACUGGUGAUCGUACUGGCUGCUCUUACCUGGAGACGAUCCAAGCAACAAAUGAAGAAGCUGGACAUAAAACCAGAUAUUAUCAAGCAGUAUGAAGACAGCAUGUGUCAGGAGGAAGUGGUGUCGUUACCCAGAAGCAGACUGACUCCGCCCCGUCUUCUGAUUUGCUACAGCAGCAACGACGGUGCCGCUCAUGUCAAAGCUGUCAUGCGAUUGGGAGCUUUCAUACAGCAGCACAUGGCCACUAAGGUGUGUCUGGACAUGUGGGAAUCUCUGAGCAUGGCUCAGGAGGGCAGCAUGGCCUGGCACUGCCGGCAGAUCCGCGACAGCGACUUUGUCUUGGUGGUCUGCUCUCGAGGCCUCAACCAAAAACACCUACCUGCAGAGCCAGAAGGUGAUGAAGGAAAUGUGGAGGAAGGCAGGUGGCUGAACUUUACGUCCAACGCCUUCAGCUCAGACACUGCCGUCCAGCUUAUUGGAGAGGAGGUGGGCCGAGCCAAGGCCAGCGGCCAGGACCUGUCCAAGUACAUGGCGGCCAUUUUUGAGUACUCUGAGGAAACGGACAUCCCCACCGAGCUGAGGCUGGUUUCUCACUACACAUUAACAAGUGACUUGCCGCUGCUCUUCUCCCACCUGCAUGGGGUGGCACUGCACAGACCUGGGGGUUACGUGAAGAUAAACCACAUCUCGGAGGAAGGUUUUGCCAAGUUGCCAGCUGGAGCCGCUCUCCAGUUGGCCAUCUUUGAGGCUGGAAUGGCAAUGAAAGGCAAAAGACAUCACUCUGUGGAAGGGAUGGUCUAAAUACUAAAAAUUGGGGGGCUGUCUAAACCUUGACCUAAAGCUGCAGUAGGUGGGAUGCACCCUUUCAGCACAAGUGAUCUAGAAAUCUGGCCUAUGAGAGAGCGAGCACUCCUCGUGGCUGUCACAAUGAGCUGCAACAGAACCUAAAACAACGAGUCAGACAAUAAACGCAUUAUUAUGUGUCAGUGUCGGUGGAGCAUUUCAAAAAUUGAGCGAUUGUCUCUGGUCUAGGAAAUGUAUCACUUUAUAUUCCAGAUAAAUGUGCACUAAAGAUAUUCAUGACAAAGUCAAAAACACUCAGAACUGACCAAUCAGCAAGGGUCUUUGUCUGUGGUGUAUGGAAGUGAAAUUUUGGGGUUCCUUGAAUGCUUCUCAUAGCUGCUCCUCUAAAUAACUGUACGAGGUUCCCCCAAACUAAAGACUUUUGGCAGACGGUUUGUGGCCAUUUGUCUCAACAUAGACGUUAAGCUUUGUAUGAGAAUAGACUGCCGAUUAACUGACUGUGGUGGGUUGAACUAGACCAUACCAUUUUACUCUGAAUGGAUUGGUAGGGGCUGGUUAGUUUGGUACUAUUCCUAAUGGAAACACAAAAUAAUACGUACCGUACUGUAUCAAACUGAACCGUUCCACUCGGUAGAAACCCAGCUUUUGUUACCCUGCAAAAUAAAACUUUAAGGCCUUCUCUUCUUCUUCAGCUUUGGCCAAUUCUGAACCGAUUCUACAAUAUCAUUUCCACUGUGUCCCGAAGUUUGUGUCACCCUGUAAACUGCUUGUUUUUGAUCCACUGCUGCCUCCAUCAGUAACUUUAAAUUUGAGACAACCAAAGUUAAAAAACUUACAAAAGUGAGCAGCGGCUCCCGUGUUCUGCGAGCUGCUAAGACUUUCUAACCAAUUUACGCGAAAACAACGCAAUACGGCACAGGCCUCGCAUAAUCUUUCACGUAUGAAAUUAGUAUGUCUUGUCAUCGAGCGAGAGCUACGGAACUAUUCUAAACUCCAGCACAUGAGCACUAAGGAAAGUCUAAAAGUCCAAAUUUUAUCACAAUAUUCCAUCAUAGUAUAGGAAUAACAACAUUUGUGGAGAUAUUUUACAUAAUUUCUUUGUUUUAACGGCUUCAUUUGCUCACAAGACCAUGAGUUUGAGACCUUUGACCUACAGGGUGUUGAACAUAGAGUAGCAGCUUUAAGAUGCAUUCAAGACACCUUGUAAAUGUCACCACUAAUGACUAAAGUCCACUGACUAAAUGCUUGCUGCUGCCACCUUGUGCUAAUAGAUGCAAUCAUUGAUAAAUACAUUUGUUUUGUUUUUAUAUUAACAAGAGAAUAAUCAAAUACUCAAGCCUGUCCCUAAAUAAUUAAACACAACAAAAUAAACAUUCAAAACAUCCUGCCUACCGCAGCUUUACUCGUAUAGUUUUCAGCUCAGUAUGGGAGAGAAUAGUUGAGUUCUAGAGCCUGAACCUGAAGUUUGACCAAAAACUUGCUGGUGCAUCUGCUCAGCCAGGAGCAAGAAGAAGAAGAAGAAGAAGCAGAAGCUGGUGGAUGAGCCGUAUGUGUACCUCAGCUGUGCUACAGCAGCGUGUUGGCAACAGCCAAGCACUGUGACCUCGAAAAUGUGUUCACACAUAAAAAGAAGGAUUUUUUUUUUAAUAAACAAACAUAAUUACUCAUCAUAAUGGUCAAUAAAGCUAUUUUCCUGUGACGUUUUCCUUGUUAAGCUCGUAAGUAAUAUUAAGUAAUAAGAAAGUAUUAAGUAAAGCCCUUUAAGUAAUAUUAGCUCUGUACACAGUCAUCAUAUCACCUUGUGAAUGAGUAAGUGAAGUGACUCUUUGAGGACGUUCACCCUGAAGUAGAGUCAGUGAACCCAUUGUAUACUAUACAUGCAUGUUUGCAUAUAUCAUAUUUUUUAAUUGCACUUUGUAUUUUGUGGUUAUUUCAUGUUUAAGUUGUUUUUUUAUGUCGAUAUAAGAAUGUUAUUUUGAUUAUAUAUUCAUGUAAUAAAAACAAUUUAAAACA